AUGGGCGGGUCGAUCUAUGUCGGCCAUGUGAUCCUCACCGCCCAGGGACCGCUGGACAAGACCAAGAACGUCGUCAUCCCGCGCGGUGCCGGGCCGACCACCAUGGCCAAGCUGCUGGAGGAGGAGGGCGUAAUCGCCCAUCCGCGCCUGUUCCGCGUGGCUUUGAUGAUCGAUCCGUCGCCCAAGCCCAUCAAGGCGGGCGAAUACGAGGUGCCGGCGCACACCUCGAUGCAGGCGCUCGUCGAAUUGCUGCAGUCGGGCAAGGUCGUGCAGCGCCGCCUCACCAUUCCCGAAGGCACGACGACGCCCGAGGUGCUGGAACUGGUGCGGAAGACCGAGGCGCUCACCGGGGACAUUACGCUCGACGUUAAGGAGGGCGAUCUCCUACCCGAGACCUACUUCUAUUCGCGCGACGACACCCGCGACGGUCUGUUGCUCCGCAUGAAGGAGGCGAUGGAGAAGACGCUCGACGAGGCUUGGCGCAAGCGUGCCGCCGGCCUGCCGCUCGCCAACAAGCGCGAGGCGCUGAUCCUGGCAUCGAUGAUCGAGAAGGAAACGGCGGUUCCGGCCGAGCGCACCAAGGUGGCGGCCGUCUUCAUCAACCGGCCUGCGCCGGCGCAUGAAGCUCGAGAGCGAUCCGACCACGAUCUACGGCCUCACCGAAGGGAAGACGUCGCUCGGGCGCGACCUGACGCGCGCGGACCUGCAGUCGAACACCCCCUUCAACACCUAUGUGAUCGCCGCCUUGCCGCGCGGGCCCAUCUGCAAUCCCGGACGUGCCUUCGAUCGUCGCGGCGACCAAUCCGGCGCGCGACCGUUCGCUCUUCUUCGUCGCCGACGGGCAGGGUGGGCACGCCUUCGCCACCACGCUCCCCGAGCACAACCGCAACGUCGAGCGCUGGCGUCAGAUCCAGCGCGAGAAGGCGGAAUCGCAAUCGCAGACACAGCCGCAAACGCCGGCGCCCCAGGCGCCGACGACCCGGCAAUAGUUCAUGCCGGCGCUUCUCCUGGCGCUGCUGUCCUUCGCUGCAAUCGCCCUAG